ACAAACCAGAAAUCACAUGACCGAAACAUAAAGCACAUGACACAUAUUAUAUGUGCUGAGAGUUUCUUGUUUUCAAAAUAGUUUACCCUAUUCGGCUUCAUGAUGCUGUAUUUGCUUCUUAUGGUGGUGUGGUAUGUUACCGGAGUAUUUGCACAGUGCAACCUACCUCCUUCAGAAUGGUGCUCGUCCAGGAUGACAGCCCAGCUAUGUCAGGUGGAGAAGCAGUGUGAGCUAUCAGGAUACUUGCCUGGAGUGUCAGCUAACCCAGGCCCUGUAAAUUUUACAUUGUAUUAUGAGUCAUUGUGUCCAGACUGCCAGAGGUUCUUCAGAGAGCAGAUGUUCAAGGCUUACAAGACUGUGGGUCAGAUCAUGAACAUUACCCUUGUCCCUUAUGGAAAUGCCAAUGAGCAGAAAGAUGGAAGCAAGUGGAAGUUUCAGUGUCAGCAUGGUCCUCAGGAAUGCAGAGGAAAUCUCAUUGAGACUUGCACAAUUUUCAAUGAAAAGAAAGUCCAGAAUUACCUCCCCUUUAUUCACUGCAUGGAAGUAUCAGGAGUGAUGCCAGAUGAAGCUGCCGAAAAGUGUGCCAAACAGUUUCCAGUGGACCUAGACAGCAUUCUGAAAUGUGCCAAUGGAAGUAAGGGAAAUGCUUUAGAACAUCACAUGGCAUUGCAAACAGACGCCCUCAAACCACCUCAUCAGUAUGUUCCAUGGGUCACCAUAAAUGGGGUUCACACGGAGAAAAUGGAAAAAGAAGCAGAAAGAGAUUUAGUAUCACUUAUUUGCGAUACAUAUCAGGGAGUAAAACCAAGUGCCUGCAGUCGGUCGACUCACCAUACCUGUUGGAGACAAAAGGCCUGAAAACACAAUGCUAGCCAGUAAAUGCAUGGACUGUGAUGUGCUCAAACUGCAUUUACUCAUUUUGCAUAUUUGAUCUAAAUCUUCCUUCAAUCAAAACAUCUCUCCCAUAAUGAUAAUUAAUAAACUGCUCCAUCAAGCAAAAGACAAAACUGAAUUAUCUGAUAUUAAAAAGAAAACAUAUUCUGAUUAUUUCUAUACAAUAUAUUUAUGGAGAAAACAAAGUAAAUAUUCAUUUUCCUGUAAAACAUUUUUUUUACAGUUGAACAACAUUCCCAUUGUGCGGGUGCAUCUGUACUCAUAUUUUUUAAUAUAAAGAGAUCUCAUUCCAAGUACUAGCCUUUUUUAUGCUUCUUGUGCUCUUUGGUUGUUACCAUAAUGAUUUAAUACUAUCAACUGUGCCAAUCACCAAACGGUUGGUGCAGUAGUUGUUUCAUCGUUU